AUGUCACUGUCACUAAACAACAGCGAUAACAACAAUGAAAAUUCAAACUUUAUUGACAUGAUCAAUAAUUAUGAUUGGUCAUCGACUUCAUUGGGUCCUAUGCAUUCAUGGGAGCCUCAAUUCAGAUCUGCUCUGCAAAUGUGCCUUAAAUCUAUCUUUCCCACGUUCAUAUAUAUGGGUCCAGAUUGGACUACUGUAUACAAUGAAGCGGCAAUACCAACACUAAAAUCAAAGCAUCCUCAUGCAUUAGGAAAACCAGCUAUUGAAAUUCAUGAUUAUCCUACAUUGGUUGAUAGAUUAGACAGCGUAAGAGCAUCAGGAAAAGGCAUAUAUAAACAUGACUUUUAUUUUGAACAACAACGCGAUGGCUAUAAAGAAGAAACAUACAUUGACUACGCAUUAAGUCCAAUUUUUAAAUUAGAUGGUACAGUAUGGGGUGUAAUUAGUAUAGCACCUGAAGUCACUGAAAACGUCUUAAAUAAUCGGAGACUAAAAACUCUUGGCAACCUUUCACUCCAGACUGCUGGUGCCGAGUCUUUAGAAAGUGCAUGCCAUAUAAUAACGAAAACAUUACAAAAUAAUAAAGAUAUUCCGUAUUCACUAAUUUAUCUUGUUGAAAAUCAUAAUGAUCCAAAAAAAACUAGCUCUAAAUCACUGAUUGCUCGUUUAGUUUCUACAACUUUUGACGAAGACUGUAAAGAAGAGUUUAUUCAUGGAAAAUUAAAAAGACAUAUUCCAGAUUAUUUUCCAGAAACACAUGAAACA